AUGGCUCGCCUCUUUUCUCGUCGCACUCAGUCGGUACUCCUCACUCUCCUGGCUCUAUUUCUGCUAGGGACAGUGAUAGUGCUAAGUGCAGUGCGAGCAUACUUCAGCAUCGAUCAGAGCGCGUACAUUGAAGCCGAGGAGCUUGGUACUUGGGACGAGAUAAGAUGGGGCAGCGCUACGGAUGAUCUGCCGCUAGGCUGGGCUGCCCGGUAUCCUUGGCUCGCCAAGAUGCUUUCCAGCUCUUCUAGGUCUUCCGAGGGAGCUUUCACACAUUCGGGCCCGGCACAAGAAGGCCCACACGCUGCGUCACCCAUGACUGGCUCUCGUGACCCCUCACUGGCUGCCCUUGAGAAAGAUCCAUCUGCUCCCGCAUUUGACAAUACACCCAAACCAUGGUCACCCACGUCGCCCAAAGAGAAGAUUCCUCGGAUCAUUCACCAGACUUGGAAAGACUCGACCUUGCCAGGGAAGUGGCAGGCGGUUCGCGAAGAAUGUCAAGCAAUGCAUCCAGACUAGUGAGUGUUCUCUCCCGUGGCCUUGUCCCAACCCUGCUCAAGAGGCAGCAGUACUCACCGCUAGCACCUUACCUCCACUCUCGCUCUUAGCGAGUACAUGCUGUGGACGGAUGCUGACAGUCGGAAGUUCUUGGUCGAACACUACUCCUGGUUCGUCCCAAUUUUCGACGCGUAUCCGUACGCUAUCCAGCGCGCGGAUGCCAUCCGUUAUUUCGUGCUUCACAAGUAUGGUGGUAUAUAUAUGGACCUCGACGUCGGCUGUCUUCGGCGCUUUGAUCCGCUCCUCCGAUUUGAAGUCGUCUUACCAAAGACGAUUCCGGUGGGCGUAUCCAACGACAUCAUGCUGUCCGCAAAGGGUCACCCCUUCAUGGAUCAGCUGAUCCACAAUCUCGUCACUUUCAAUCAUCGCUACCUGACCAACUAUCCGACAGUCAUGUUCAGCACCGGCCCGAUGUUCGUCAGCGCAUCGUAUCGCAUCUAUGUCGACGCUCAUGGUCCCGCUAUCCCGAGCUCGCCGAGCAAACCGGCCGCAGGGUUCGAGGGUGUCCGAGUGUUGCCCAAAUCGCUGUAUGGAAAGAACGCCAAGCCCGGAGAGGCACCCAACGCGUUCUUCAAGCACUUCUAUGGUUCCAGUUGGCAUGCGAACGAUGCAGGCUUCCUUAUUCUGCUACGAGACUACGGCAGAGGCUUGAUGCUGAUUGGCGCCAUCGUCGUCGCCUAUGGGUUUGCCAAAACGCUUUUGCCCCGUUUCUUGCAUUCGCUUGGUCGCAGAUCGGCGCUAUCUAGCGCCGACAGACGGAGACGUCGAGGUAGCGCGAACAAUGGUGGUGGGGUGGCACCGUCGUCUAGCGCAGGUCGCUGGAUCAGCCUUCCAAUCCGUGCUGCAGACGCACGCAGCUCGCGUCGGGCGCACAGCGCAGCGUACGGCAGGCUCCCAGAUGCCGACAACAGCGAUCUUCUCGACCCUCGUAGUGCACACAACAGUCUCACUCGCGUUGCCGCGCCACGCCCACAGAGGUACAGCUUGCCAAUGUUUGACCUGGCCGAUGGCGACGGAGAGGCGGACACGUCAGAGGCAGGAAGUGGAGGGGCAUGCGCUGACGAAGAAACCAAUUCGGACCUGUCACUUGACAGUGGUCGGCAUUCGGCAGCGCAAGGUUUGCUGUCCUGGGUCGGCAGCGGCUUCGCUCGCCCACCCACCGCUAGCAGCGAGGCCGAAGAGCGCCAAGUCGCUGCGGAUGGUAGCCACUUAGUCAGGUCAGGCACCGCUAGCAAGGACGAGAGGACGAAACCAAGAAAAGGCUCGUCCAGCGCGGGCGGAACUCUGUACUUGCCGGCGUUCUUUGUUGGCGGCAGCUCAUCGACUUCGAGUGAGAGGGCGCGAACCUCUCCCACAGACACAGCUGGAUGGGCAAGCGGAGCACGAGCGCGCAUGGGCUCAGACGAGUCCGCUGUGGGUCACUCGAGGGGAAGCAGUCUCGGCACGUGGGCAGCUGGACUGCUUCCACCAAAUUGGCGCGCGGCUUCGCCAAGCGCGCUCGCAACGGUGAAUCAGUGGCUAGGCCGCUCACCGUCUCCUGCACUCGCCGAGGACGUCGAACGGAUAGGCAGCGGGAGAGCUGGCGCGACCUUUCCAAUGACAACUUCACAGUCUUCAAGCUCUGGACGCUACGCCUCGAUGUGGAGCGAGGGGGCAGAACCGAAUGCUGGCGGAAAGGAAGGAAGACAUGCCUUGCGGCCUAAUACAUCGCACGAUACGUCCGCCCAACGGCACAUUCCAGCAAUCGCGUUGGACAUGGAUAGUCCUCCACCGCCUUACAUCGAUGCCGGAGGCACCUCGAAUUCGCGUGCGCGGCACGAGCAAGGCACAUCCGUCACGCCUUCCUUGGGCGAAUCCAGUGCGAGUGCGGCUAGUCCGAGCCCAUCUGUCUCCAGACCAGGUUUAACGAAACGGCCUAGUAGAGGGUCUCUACGGGAGACAGCACCAGGCGACGCCGCGCCCCCAUCCGCAGCAGUAUCUGCGGCAGAAAUCGGCGCCAGGAGCGAGACGCCUCCGGUGGCCCUGGUUCCACCGCCUACAGACGCCGCAGACGUAUCUCUCUCUUCCGAACGCACGAGACUGUCCUCUGACUCUGCGACAAGACCUGCGCGGUAG